GCGGCGCCGGGCGGGGCGGGAGGCGGGCGGGCCGGCGCGGGGGGGGAGGCGGCUUCUUGGCUCGCGCUCGGCGGCGCUCACAAGAUGGCGGAGGCGGCCAACUGCAUCAUGGAGACGUUUGUGGCCACCCUGGCUAACGGGAUGAGCCUGCGGCCGCCGCUCCACGAUGUGUCGUGCCCCCCCCCGGAGAGCAGCGGCAAGCCCUCGGCCGAGGAGAUGACCUCCAAGGACUACUACUUCGACUCCUACGCCCACUUCGGCAUCCACGAGGAGAUGCUGAAGGACGAGGUGCGCACGCUGACCUACCGCAACUCCAUGUUCCACAACCGGCACCUCUUCAAGGACAAGGUGGUGCUGGACGUGGGCAGCGGCACCGGCAUCCUCUGCAUGUUCGCCGCCAAGGCCGGCGCCCGCCGCGUCAUCGGGAUCGAGUGCUCCAGCAUCUCCGACUACGCCGUGAAGAUCGUCAAGGCCAAUAAGCUGGAUCACGUCGUCUCCAUCAUCAAGGGGAAGGUGGAGGAGGUGGAGCUGCCGGUGGAGAAGGUCGACAUCAUCAUCAGCGAGUGGAUGGGCUACUGCCUCUUCUACGAGUCCAUGCUCAACACCGUCAUCUACGCCCGCGACAAGUGGCUGACCCCCGACGGCCUCAUCUUCCCCGACCGGGCGACGCUCUACGUCACGGCCAUCGAGGACCGGCAGUACAAGGACUACAAGAUCCACUGGUGGGAGAACGUCUACGGCUUCGACAUGUCCUGCAUCAAGGACGUGGCCAUCAAGGAGCCGCUCGUGGACGUGGUGGACCCCAAGCAGCUGGUGACCAACGCCUGCCUCAUCAAGGAGGUGGACAUCUACACGGUGAAGGUGGAGGAGCUGACGUUCACGGCGCCCUUCUGCCUGCAGGUGAAGCGCAACGACUACGUCCACGCGCUCGUCGCCUACUUCAACAUCGAGUUCACCCGCUGCCACAAGCGCACCGGCUUCUCCACCAGCCCCGAGUCGCCCUACACGCACUGGAAGCAGACGGUCUUCUACAUGGAGGACUACCUGACGGUGAAGACGGGCGAGGAGCUCUUCGGCACCAUCACCAUGAAGCCCAACGCCAAGAACAACCGCGACCUGGACUUCACCAUCGACCUGGACUUCAAGGGGCAGCUCUGCGAGCUCUCCUGCUCCACCGACUACCGCAUGCGCUAGGGCCCCCCCGCGAGACCCCCCCGGACCCCCCCCCGGGGACGAGAGACCCCCCCGGGCUGUGAGACCCCCCCGGACCCCCCCCCCGGGGACCAGAGACCCCCCUGAGCCCCCCUGGGGAUGAGAGACUCCCCCGAGACCCCCCCCGGGGACGAGAGACCCCCCCCGAGCCCCCCCCCGGGCCUGAGACCCCCCCCAAGCCACCCCGGGGGGGCUGUGACAACCCCCUACACCCCCCCCCAGGGCUGUGACACCCCCCUGUGCCCCCCCCCGGGGCUGAGACCCCCCCCCUCAAGCCACCCCGGGGGGCUGCGACCCCCCCCCAAAACCCCUUCUUUGGGGGGGGGGGCAAGACACCCCCAACCCCCCUGGGGGGGCCCCGACCCCCCCCUCCCCAAAAGGGGGGGGGCUGAGACCUCAUGACCCCCCCACUGCUUUAGGGGGGCCCAGACCCCCCCCCCGAGCCCCCCCAGGGGUCCUGAAACCCCCCUUUUCCCCGGGGGGGGGCCCCCAAAUCCCUCCAUUUCCCCGGGGGGGCCCAAAACCCCCCAAUCCCUGGAGGGGGGGGUCCCCAAAUCCCCCCCCCCGGCAGGGUCCCAGCCCCUUGGGGGGGUCCCUGUGCCCCCCCCAUGGAAGGGUCCCCUUGGGGGGGGUCCUCAUGUCCCCCCCCCUUUCGUCCCCUGGGGGGGGGCCCGGUUUUUUGGGGGGGGGGGCAGCAGCGCGGGGGGGGGCUGCGGACGGUUCCCCCCCCCCCCCUCGGCUCCCCCCCCCCCCAUUUCGUAACUUAUGUUUUUAUAUGGUGCCGUCGCCGAGGAAUAAAACGGAGCCGGAAGGA